CCCCGCGCCCGCGCCACCGCCGCCCUGGUCAGCGGGCCGCCGCUGAAGAAGGGGCCCUGGACGCCCGAGGAGGACAAGCGGCUCCGGACGUACGUGGAGGCGCACGGCGAGGGCAACUGGAACCAGGUGCAGCGCAACGCCGGGCUCAACCGCUGCGGCAAGAGCUGCCGCCUCCGCUGGGCCAACCACCUCAGGCCGCACCUCAAGAAGGGGCCCUUCUCCGAGGAGGAGGAGCAGCUCAUCAUCGAGCUCCACGCUAAGAACGGCAACAAGUGGGCUCAGAUGGCGUCCAAGUUGCCAGGACGCACAGAUAAUGAAAUUAAGAACUUCUGGAACACAAGAUCCAAGAGACUUACAAAAAGAGGUCAAGAUGUCUAUCCAGAAGAAUUGAUAUCUCGGAUGAAAAAUCAAGAUAUGGACUCUCACAGUUCUGACGAUUCGUGUGGCAGUAAACGACCAAAUGAGAUCUCACAGGAAACUAGUCUUGAACUUCUUGAUAUUAAAUUUGAUAAUUUGGACUAUUUAAAGCGGCCAGAGAAUUUCUUUGUUCCAACUUACAGAAUUCAAGAUUCUUGUGCCAUGAACCCUUCGAAGCGUCAUGCAUCUUCUGACAUGGUAUCAGGCUACAGUGACAGUCCCACGUGUGAACAAUUUCCUCAUGAGCCCAAGAGGACCUGUUACACUGAUAUCAACUUGGGAAUAACAAACCACAGUGUUUGUUUUAAUUGUGCCAUUGCCAAUGGCCUGCCAAUAUUAGAUGGCAACUUCUCUACUUCCGGGACCAUGCUGAGGCCCGUGAAGAUGGAGCUCCCUUCACUCCAAAAUACGAGCUUUGAAUCAAUCAAUAGCUGUUUGCACAUAGCCCCAGCAACUCCUCUUGAUAUGGCUGACACCUUUAUCCCUUCUCCAGCAUCUGUCUGUUUCCCUUCCAUGGUUCAGCAGCAGGGACAGAUACUAGGGGAUUCUGCAACAUUCCAAGCAGCGUAUGAAGUACCGGUUCCUCCUGUUCCGUAUGUUCACCCUUUGAGUCCGCACUCUUCAGUCAUUAAUGACAGUGUCCUCGACAGCAGUCCUUUGGAUGAAUUUAGAACUUCAAAAUCACCUGCUAGCCUGGAUGCUCUUUUGGCGGACAGCAAACAUCAAGCAGAUGAUAUAUUUGCAGAAGAGUAUCUUUCGCCCUUGCUAGAUUCCUGCAGGCCUGGUGCAUCAGCAGAAGCAAGAUAUUUGAGUGAAGAUUCACCAAACUCGGAGUACCAGCCCAUCAGCGAUCCAUAUAGUUCAAUUCUCUAUGGAGAUUUAUGUGAUGAGGGUAUGUUCUCAGCUCCAGGUGCUGGCUAUCAGCACAGGCUUGAGUCAGCCCCCUGGAAUAGCAUGCCUGGUGCCCGUCAUGUGCCUGGAUCUUGAAAUGCAAGCCAGGAACAGUUAUGGUGCCUGCUGCCUUUCCCCUCAAGGAACACAACUGCUGCAACAAUCUUAAUUUUGUAUGGCCUUCAGUGCAUUUGUGGUGAAAAAAUACAGGUCCAGAUGCUGUUACGUUUCUAGUUUAUGCAGUGUCCUAGUCUCUUUUGUUUUGCUCCUCAAGGAGCACAAACCAUCGAACCAGAACUUAAUUUGCAUUGUUUUUUUGGCUGGCUUGAGUUGUCGAACGAUGUAAAAGGAUGUGUCAGUGCUCUAUGGAGACCCAUUUCAUUCAUUAAUAUUACAUUGUUAAGUGAUUUUUCUGGACUA